ACUACAAGAUUCGUCUUGUAACGCGACGGCCCGACUUUAUGUUUUUUAUUCUCUCAAAAUAGUGAUCCUUGGGAUGCUUUAUAGAGCCAUAUAUAUACAUGUAUUCAGAUCUGCAAGUUUUGAUCACUCUCCUAAACAAAAUUAAAUCACAACUAAAAGAAGGAUAAUUAUUUUCUUCCUUAAGCACCGCCAAUGAUUAAGAAGCUAAGCAACAUGGAUUACAAGCAGAAACGGGAGAGAUGUGGGCAAUACAUCGAAGCUCUUGAAGAAGAACGCCGCAAGAUUCAAGUGUUUCAACGUGAACUUCCUCUUUGCUUAGACCUCGUAACGCAAGCAAUCGAGGCAUGCAAGACUGAGUUGCCUGGGACGGACACAGAUAAUAUGUACGGACAAUCAGAGUGCUCGGAGCAGACGACCGGAGAAUGUAGGCCUGUUUUGGAGCAAUUUCUAACCACUAAAGACUCAUCCACCUCCAAUGAAGAAGAAGAAUUCAACGAUGAGCACGGAAAUCACAAUCCAGACAAUGAUCCUGAGGACAAGAACAUGAAAUCUGAUUGGCUUAAAUCUGUUCAGCUAUGGAACCAACCCGACCCUCUUCUUCCAAAAGAGGAAGGAACGCAAGAGAAGAUGGUGGACACGGUAGUGAAGAAAGAUGAAAGUAUGAAGAAAGAACCGAUGGCUAACUGUGGCGAAAGAAGGAAGAGAGAGGUGGAGAAAGAUGGAGGAAGAAAGCAGAGAAGGUGCUGGUCUUCCCAGUUGCAUAGACGCUUCUUAAACGCUCUUCAACACUUAGGUGGACCUCAUGUAGCUACGCCAAAGCAAAUCAAGGAGUUAAUGAAGGUUGAUGGAUUAACUAAUGAUGAAGUCAAAAGCCAUUUACAGAAAUAUAGACUGCAUACAAGAAGGCCAAGUCAAACAGUCCCAAACAACGGAAUCUCUCAGACGCAACAUCUUGUAGUCGUCGAGGGCAUAUGGGUUCCACAAUCUGACUAUUCUACUGGCAGAACCACCGGAGGAGCCACCACUAGUGGCACCACCACCACCACCACCGGGAUAUAUGGAGGAAUGGCCGCACCACCACUGCCACAGUGGCCGAGCCUUUCCAAUUUUAGACCGUCCUGUAGAAAUAUGUCAUCUUAUCUUCUAAGUCUCUCAGCAAAGGAGAAGGUUUACUCAAGAUAAUAAUCAUGUGAGAGGCACGUGGUUUGGGUUUUCUUGAUUAAAUGAAAGCAAGGUCAAACGUGUAAUUUGACCAAGAGCUGAAGAUAUUAUCUUCAUCAGUUCGUCUUCUCCAUUGACGGGAAGUUACGACGACGAGACGUCUGUAACAGAAUCAGAGAAGAGAGAACUUGAGAUCAAGGCGGAGAAGAGCGAGAGAUCUAGGAGGAGAGCGUGAGCUCGAGUCCGUGUGUGAGAGCUCAAGGCACCUAGUGUGAGAGCUUGAAGCAGAGUCGUUGGUUCCGUAACGAAGCGGAGAGCUCGUGAGAGAAGCGGAGAGCUCGUGAGAGAACUUGUGAGAGAGAAGGAGAUUCUCUGUGUUUCCAGGCUCAGCUUCUUGUAUCUUCUUCCUCUAUUCCAUUUGUAUCUCGAGGUGAUUGUAUCCGAGAGAGGAAGAACGCAAGUGUAUCCUCCGGCGAUUGUACUCUUCUCUGUUUCAUCUAUUGGAAAGGUUGAGAGACCUAACUCUCUCUCCGGUGAGUAUAGCGGCUUCUCCACAUCGGAGGAGUGCGGUGAACACCGGGUUAACAAAAACUCUUGUGUCGUUUAUUCUCGCUUGCUCGAUUUGAUUCCACGCUGUGAUUGAUUGUUU